AUGCUUCUCAUCGUUUCGCUGUUAGUUGUCGCCGGGUUAGCGAGUGCAGCGGAGGACCAGAAGCUGUCCUGGAAGGACGAAGAUGGUUUGGAGGUGAAGAUUGUGAAGCCGAUCAAGAAGGAGCUGUGCACGGUCGUCUCCAAGCCAGGUGACGAAGUCGAGCAGUUCUAUCGAUUGACCGACAAAGACGGCAAGGAAAUCGGCAGCAACUUUGGCAAAAAACCAUAUACCUUCGUCCUGGGUAAAAAUCAAGUUAUUGCCGGCAUGGACCGAGCAAUGACUGGCAUGUGCAUCGGAGAGAAGCGAAAGGUCGUCAUCCCUGGAGCGCUCGGAUUCGGUGACGGUGGAAGAGAA